GAGAAGCGGGAGGCGGCAGCAGCAGCGGCAGCCGAGGUCGUCGGGGGCGGCGGGCGGUGAGCGCGCUCCCGCUUCCCCGGCGGCGGCCGCAGGACAAUGGAGGUGGCUGUAGAGAAGGCGGCGGUGGCGGCGGCUCCUGCCGGGGGCCCCGCAGCUGCUGCACCGAGCGGGGAGAAUGAGGCCGAGAGCCGGCAGGGCCCGGACUCGGAGAGCGGCGGCGAGACGUCCCGACUCAACCUGUUGGACACUUGCGCCGUGUGCCACCAGAACAUCCAGAGCCGGGUGCCCAAGCUGCUGCCCUGCCUGCACUCGUUCUGCCAGCGCUGUUUGCCCGCGCCGCAGCGCUAUCUCAUGCUGACGGCGCCCGCGCUGGGCUCGGCAGAGACCCCUCCACCCGCUCCCGUCCCCGCCCCCGCCCCAGGCUCCCCGGCCGGUGGUCCUUCGCCAUUCGCCACCCAAGUUGGAGUCAUUCGAUGCCCAGUUUGUAGUCAAGAGUGUGCUGAGAGACACAUCAUAGACAACUUUUUUGUGAAGGACACCACUGAGGUUCCUAGUAGUACAGUCGAAAAGUCUAAUCAGGUGUGCACAAGCUGUGAAGACAACGCCGAAGCUAAUGGGUUUUGUGUUGAGUGUGUUGAAUGGCUCUGCAAAACGUGUAUCAGAGCUCACCAGAGGGUAAAGUUCACAAAAGACCACACAGUCAGGCACAAAGAAGAAGUGUCUCCAGAGGCAGUUGGUGUGACCAGUCAGCGACCAGUGUUUUGUCCCUUCCAUAAAAAGGAGCAAUUGAAACUUUACUGUGAAACAUGUGAUAAACUGACAUGUCGAGACUGCCAGCUGCUAGAACACAAAGAGCACAGAUACCAGUUUAUAGAAGAAGCUUUUCAGAAUCAAAAAGUGAUCAUAGAUACUCUAAUCACUAAACUGAUGGAAAAAACAAAAUAUAUAAAGUAUACAGGAAAUCAGAUCCAAAAUAGGAUAAUUGAAGUAAAUCAACAAAAGCAGGUGGAACAGGAUAUUAAAGUUGCCAUCUUCACAUUGAUGGUGGAGAUCAACAAAAAAGGCAAAGCCCUGCUGCACCAGCUUGAGAGUCUUGCAAAGGAUCAUCGAACGAAACUCAUGCAACAGCAGCAGGAAGUGGCUGGGCUUUCUAAGCAGUUAGAGCACGUCAUGCAUUUUUCUAAGUGGGCUGUUUCUAGCGGCAGCAGCACAGCCUUGCUGUACAGCAAGCGGCUGAUUACGUACAGGUUACGGCACCUUCUUCGUGCAAGGUGUGAUGCUUCUCCUGUGACCAACAACACCAUCCAGUUUCACUGUGAUCCUAGUUUCUGGGCUCAAAAUAUUAUCAACUUGGGUUCUUUAGUAAUCGAGGAUAAAGAGAGCCAGCCACAAAUGCCUAAGCAGAAUCCUGUCGUGGAACAGAGUUCACAGCCACCAGGUGGUUUACCUUCCAACCAGUUAUCCAAGUUCCCAACACAGAUCAGCCUAGCUCAGUUACGACUCCAGCAUAUGCAGCAACAGGUAAUGGCUCAGAGGCAACAGGUGCAACGGAGGCCAGCACCUGUGGGUUUACCAAACCCUAGAAUGCAGGGGCCCAUCCAGCAGCCUUCCAUCUCUCAUCAGCAUCCGCCACCACGCUUAAUAAACUUUCAGAACCACAGCCCUAAGCCCAAUGGACCAGUUCUUCCUCCUUAUCCUCAGCAGCUGAGAUAUCCACCAAGCCAGAAUGUACCUCGGCAGACAAUAAAGCCCAACCCCCUGCAGAUGGCUUUUUUGGCUCAACAGGCCAUUAAACAGUGGCAGAUCAGCAGUGGACAGGCCACGCCCACAGCUGCCAGCAGCUCCUCCUCCACUCCCUCCAGUCCCACAAUCACAAGCGCUGCAGGCUAUGACGGAAAGACUUUUAGUUCACCCAUGAUUGAUCUGAGUGCACCGGUGGGCGGGUCUUACAAUCUGCCUUCUCUUCCAGAUAUUGAUUGUUCAAGUACUAUCAUGUUGGACAAUAUUGCAAGGAAAGACACAAGUGUAGAUCACGGCCAGCCGAGACCGCCAUCAAACAGAACGGUGCAGUCACCAAAUUCAUCAGUACCAUCUCCAGGCCUCGCAGGGCCUGUUACUAUGACUAGCGUCCAUCCCCCAAUACGUUCACCUAGUGCCUCCAGUGUUGGAAGCCGAGGAAGCUCUGGCUCUUCCAGCAAACCAGCAGGAGCUGAUUCUACUCACAAGGUCCCGGUAGUCAUGUUGGAGCCAAUUCGAAUAAAACAAGAAAACAGUGGACCGCCUGAAAAUUAUGAUUUUCCUGUUGUUAUAGUAAAACAAGAGUCAGAUGAAGAAUCUAGACCUCAAAAUACUAACUAUCCAAGAAGCAUACUUACCUCCCUCCUCUUAAACAGUAAUCAGAGCUCUGCUUCUGAGGAAACCGUGGUACGAUCUGAUGCCCCCGAUAGUACAGGAGAUCAGCCUGGACUCCAUCAAGAAAAUUCCUCAAAUGGAAAGUCUGAGUGGGCGGAUGCCUCCCAGAAGUCCCCUGUGCAUGUUGGAGAGACAAGGAAGGAGGAUGACCCCAAUGAAGACUGGUGUGCUGUUUGUCAAAAUGGUGGGGAGCUCCUAUGCUGUGAGAAAUGUCCUAAAGUAUUCCACCUCACUUGUCAUGUGCCCACAUUGACAAAUUUUCCAAGUGGAGAGUGGAUCUGUACUUUCUGCCGAGACUUGUCUAAGCCAGAAGUUGAAUAUGAUUGUGAUGCCCCCAGUCACCACUCAGAUAAAAGGAGAAGUGAAGGCCUUAAUAAACUAACGCCAAUAGACAAAAGGAAAUGUGAACGCCUGCUUCUGUUCCUUUACUGCCAUGAAAUGAGCCUGGCUUUCCAAGACCCUGUUCCUCUAACUGUGCCUGAUUAUUAUAAAAUAAUUAAAAACCCAAUGGACUUGUCAACCAUCAAGAAAAGACUUCAGGAGGAUUUUUGCAUGUAUACAAAGCCUGAAGAUUUUGUAGCUGAUUUUAGAUUGAUCUUUCAAAACUGUGCUGAAUUCAAUGAGCCUGAUUCUGAAGUAGCCAAUGCUGGUAUAAAACUUGAAAGCUAUUUUGAAGAACUUCUAAAGAAUCUUUAUCCAGAAAAAAGGUUUCCUAAGCUAGAAUUCAGGCCUGAAGCAGAAGACUGUAAGUUCAGCGACGACUCAGACGAUGACUUCGUACAGCCCCGGAAGAAGCGCCUCAAGAGCACAGAGGAGCGCCUGCUGCUGAAGUAGAGCGGCCCGCGCAGUGUGCCAGAGACCGGUCUUUAAAGAUAAAGCAAAAGCCUUGUCAUGAUCUAAGAUUGUGACAGAGCAGGGUUUGUGAGCUCUCUGCUCUGUUUUUGCUGUUUACUGGACUUUGGUUUCUUUAAUAACCCAUUUCUUUAAUUUCUUGUCAUUGAUAAUAAAAAGAAGAGGAAGGAAGGAAAUCUGUAUAAGAAUAAAAGAAGGAAAAAAAGGUAGAAAAAGAAGAAUGAGCAAAGAAAGAAAAGACAUUUCUGUUUGCUGGGUUUCUUACAGCAGCCUGGAGUGAGAGCUACGCUAGGAAGAGAGGCUGAAGAAAGUUGAGAUUGUAGUGAGAUUUGGGAUGUGUGAUCAUCCAUUUUUAGAAUAUUAAUUUCAUUUCCCAUUAAUUAUGGCCAACUGUAAGGAGAUAGGUUUACUGUUCUUAAAAGAAGUCUUCCCCAAAUGUGAACGGGAAGCACAGUUCUUUGCCAGGCUGCCUGUCAGAAAUGGUGUAGACAGAUGCUAUUAAGACAUCAAAUAGUGUCCAUGUAAGAUGGCAAAUUCAUUAAAGAAAUCAGGAAAAACAAA